AGUAUUAAAACAUGCGUUGGAUAUUAAAGUGACAUUUUGCCCAUUUAAGGAUAUAUAGUGAGUGAAUAGGUGGAAGUCAAAAUAAGUUUACACAUUGCAUUAAUCCCUUUCAAUUUGAUAAUUUACUUUGCAUAAACAUUGAAGAGCGCAUGGAUCCAAAUGAAAUGUUUGUAAAUACCUUUAGUAUUUACCUGUAAAGGUCAGCUUAUUAAAAGAGUGGGGUAUUUUUUUUAUUUUAUCCCAGAUUUAAAUUUUAACUUAACAUUUUUCAAUAUCAACUGUUGGUCAAACAUCAUUUUAACAGUCAAUCUUUUGAAAUAUAAAGCCGAUUCAACUCAACUUAUCUUUACAGAUAUCAGCAUAAUGUCACAUACAGAUAUGAAAACAAUGAGAGAAAUAGUAUAAUGGGAUAUAAAUAUAUUUAUUUUUCAGUUUUUUGACACUUGUUUUGUUAUUAUUUUGUUUAAACCGAAGGGUAGCAAACAGGAAUGGAGGUACUUAAAUGUUUGAUACUGGCAUUUAUAGCUGAAACAACAGCUAGGUCGUGCAAUAAGGGAUGCGAGUGGUCACCUUGGAAAGGAUGGUCCGGGUGUAGCCGAACAUGCGGUGGAGGAUUUAGGAGUAGAUACAGACCUUUUUGCUGCAGGUCCGAUUUAGCAUCCGACAUUGAUGCUUGUUUAUCAAAUUGUGGAAAGGAUUUGUCCUUCUUGUACAGUGGUGAAUAUUUAAGCGAAAGUUGUAUGGACAUAUGUUAUAAUGGUGGAACAUUUGAGGGGUAUUGUAAAUGCGAUUUUUUACACGAAGGUUACUGUUGUGAAAAAGAAAAACCUCGCUUAGAACAACCCAGUGGCAGAAGAAGCUGUGAUGACAUAUGCACGUGGUCUUCAUGGGAAGAAUGGAGUACGUGCUCUGUGUCUUGUGGUGGUGGUGGACAUCAACAACGUGAAAGGCAUUUAUGUUGUCUUGAGGAAUACGGCAACUUUCAAAACUGUGCAGCAAGAUGUGACAAAGACAUUAAGGACCAAGUUGAGAAUAGAAACUGUGGAGAUAAUUGUUUAUAUGGUGGAACUUUGAAGAAAGGCGAUUACGGGUGUCAAUGUUUGGACAGGACAUUUGGACAUUGCUGUGAAGAACUAUUAUCAGGUUGCACACCCUUUCCAACUGACGUUAUAUUUGUGUUAGAUUCGUCAACAAGUCAAACGAAAGACGAGUUUCGUCAACAGCUCGAUUUUGUAUUAAAAUUCAUUGAUCAAGUUAACAUUAGCAAAGAAGAAUUUCAAAUCACGAUAGCAACAUUUUCAUUCGAGGCGAAAAUAGAAAUACAUUUUAAUCAAUCUACAAAUAAAAACAAUCUUCUAGAUGCAAUAAAUAAAAUUUCAUUUAGACCGGGUGCUACCUUUACAAACAAAGGGUUAAAUGCAGCAUUAACCGUUGCAAGACAAAGUGAAAGACGGAAAGGGAUGGUGACACUUACGUAUGCAUUUGUUCUGACCGAUGGAAUGUCAACUAAACGACAGGAUACACGUUUAGCAGCAAAGACAUUGAGGGACCAUAACGUUCACGUUGUUGCAAUAGGGAUAGGAAAGGAGGUGUCACACAAAGAACUGAUAGAUAUUGCAUCACCUGGAGACCAACAUAGCCCGUCUUACGUUUUUUCUGUCGGCGACUUUAAUGCACUGGAUACCUUACUGAAACAGCUCGUCGAUAUUACCUGUGAUGACUGCAGUGCCGUUAGCCACUUUUCACAUAUCGUGUUUCUUCUGGAUGAAAGUAAUGACAUGACUGAAAAUGAGUUUGAAAUAUCAGUAGAUAUACUAACAUCAAUUGUGACAAAUACUGAUCAUGUAGGUGAACAUGAUGGUCCGGCUUUUGGAUUGUUUCAAUUGGGCGACACAUUAGAGAAUGUGAUAAAACUGUCGAAGCACCAGUCACAAAGUGGACUGACUCUGAAUCUUAGAGUCUUACGCCGGACGAGAAAUGAUGCUUGUAGUAAAGAUGAGCAAUGCAAUAAAAUGAACAUGACGAAUGCUAUAGGUGAAAUUGUUAAAAACUCAUACAACAUCUCCGGAAGAGAUAAUGCUAGAAACUUUCUCAUUAUUCUGUCUAAUGGUCACUUUGAAAAGCCAAGUAUGAUAAAAAAUGAAAUAGCAAAUAUCAAGGAAUUAGCUGAUGUUAAGGUUUUUAUGGUUGGAUUAGGAUCUGAUAUCCAUAUGUAUGGAUUGUUAGCCCUGGCUAAAGAAGCAAGUCAUGUGUUUGUAACUCAGGACAAUAGUGAUCACUCAAAUUUAAUUGUAAUGCAAUCAGAAUUUAUGUACAACAUUUGCUUAAAGCAUUGAGAAUACUGGUGAAUUUCGUUUAACAUUUUUGUGUCUUUUGUUUUUGUAUUUUGUUUAGUUUUGCUCUGUGGUUUGACCUUUGACAAUAUUUUAUUUACUACGAUAAACUGAUUGUUCUCUAACCCGAUAUUUGUUUAUAAGCUAUAAUACCUGACAUUGAUAUUGUCUUGUAUGCUUUUAUGUGUUAAAGUAUGGUCGUGCUUAUGAGUACACAAAUGUCUAUAUUUAACCCUCCCCUUAUCUUGAUUGGUUUUAUUCUAUAUCAGAUAAGUCGUAUUACAUGUCGUUAUCAUUAGGAUUGGUUUAAUUUGAUCAAGUUUAAUCGGGUUGUCUUCCUCUUUUUAUUUUGAUCCGUAUCAUUUUAUCAAAUUUAGGCGGCAUUGCUGUCUUUUUUAUUUUGGUAAGUUCAAUUGUAUCAAGUUUAAGCGGCAUUGUAUCGUCUUUUUAGUUUGAUUUGCGUAAUGCGGUUGUUUGGUAUAAUUUUAUCACAUUUUAUAUUAGAUGUACUUUACAACAUUCUCGUUUAUUAUGUUUUGUUUUCAUGUUUUUGUUCCUGCUU